AUGUUUGAUUGCAAGCCCCAUUACAUCAACAUCCUCCCCCACUUCAACGGGAGGUCCAAUGAUGAACCGUAUACUCAUUUGGCGGAGUUUUCGGCCAUAUGUAGUACUAUUGGAGGGCAUGAUUUCUCCUUGGAGGAGGUCAAACUUCGAUUGUUUCAAUUUUCUUUGAAGGAUAAGGCAAAGCAAUGGUUUCUCACACUUCUGGCGGGUAGUAUUCGCACAUGGUCUGAAAUGCAACAAGUUUUUCUUGACGAAUACUACUCAAUAGCGAAGACCGACGAUGCUAGAGAUGAAAUUCGGUCUUUUCGCCAACUUUCGAGUGAACCGCUACAUGAAAAGGAAUUGAUUCGGAAAUGCCCUCAUCAUCAAAUUGAAAAAUGGGAGUUGGUCAAAUGCUUCGUAAGGGGUUUGGAUGAUGAGACACGGAACCACCUUGAGUCGACUAGUAAUGGAACCUUGUUAAGCAAUCACGAGGACGACGAUUGGGAGUUCCUUGAAAGGAUGAGUAAAAGGUCAAAAGCGAAAGAGUCGGCUGAUCGAGCCAAAAAGCACCCCACCUCAAGGUCUUGGCCCGACCGUGAUGCGAGUUCUAAGGAUCGAAUUGAAACAUUAGAGCGGGAGUUGCCUCACAUGAAGAAAAGGGAAGUGAAUGCGGAGCAAUACGCCGUAUGUGAAGAAUGCGGAGACAUCGGUCACCGGACCGAGAAUUGUCAAGCCACCGUGGAGGUGAAUCAAGUGUAUGGGGACCGAAGGCAAUAUGAUAUGAACUCCAACACUUACCACCCCGGGUUGAGGAACCAUCCUAACUUUAGGUAUGGUAAUGCCUCCAACCAAAUGAACCCGAAUUUCCCAUCGGGAAAUCAAGGUGGGUAUUCGCACCAAACUCGCCAAAGAGGUUACAAUCAAGAUGCUCACGGGUCGACGAAUAAUCAAGGAUGUAGUGGUGAUUUGAGUGCCAAAAUGGAUGCAAUGCUUUCAAUGAUGCAAGAGUCCAAGAAAGAGAAUGAGAUUCAGGACAAAUCACAUGAAGCAUUGGCAAAGCAAGUGGGCCAACUUGCAGAGGAAAUGGCACAAAUGAGGGGGAGCAUGGGAAAGCUCCUAAGUGACACCACGGUGAACCCUAAGCAUCAAAGUUCAAGCACGGGCAAUGUGAGGAAUGCGCACAUUAACGUGGUAAGUCCUUUUACAAAUGAUGAGGUUUGUAGUAGUGUUGAAAGCAUUCCACCACCACAAUGCAUUGAUGGUGCAGUGGGAAAUGCAAGAGAUGAGUCGGAAAUUGAGGAAUGGUACCCACCGAAGGACGAGAGGUGGGAAGAUUUUAAACAAGCAAAAAUUAAUUUACCAUUACUCGAUGACAUUAAAAAGCACAACAAAUUACCUGAACCGGUUGAUUUGAUAUCUCAUGUUAGUACCGUUUUAUGGGGUGCCCUUCCCCAAAAAGCUCAAGAUCCAGGAGAUCCUCUUAUUCCAAUUCAAAUUGGAACAUUUAAAAUUGAGAGGGCGCUCCUCGAUCUUGGAGCUUGUGUGAGCAUUUUACUCGGGAGUUUGUAUGACCAAUACAAUUUUGGUCCAUUAAAAAAAUUUGAUACUCCCGUGGUAUUGGCCGAUCAGACUCCUACGCAUCCAAGGGGGAUGGUGGAGGAUGUGAUUGUUAAAGUGGAUGAUUGCUACUACCCAGUUGACUUUUUGGUAGUAGACUAUGUUGGAUGUGUUGAGGACACCCAACCGAUAGUCAUACUUGGUAGACCAUUCCUGGCAACUGCUAAUGUCAUUAUAAAUUGUGCAACGGGAACGGUAAGCAUGAAGUUUGGGGACCGAGAAUUAAAUUUAAAUGUUUUUCCAAAUUUUACUAACCCACUCGGUGAGGAUAAGUGUCCUAAAAAGGACAUGAAUCCAAACAAAAAGGUAUGUGCUAUGGUUGGUAGGUUUGGAGAAACAAAGAAGAAGACGGUCAAGAGAAAGAAGGCGAAGAAGUCACCUCUAGAAAAGAAGAAGGAAGAGGAGGUGAGGAAGUUUGGACCGUUUGGAAACAAAUGGUAUGGUAUGAAUCGCCGGUGGUUGAUUUCGAGGAGUUCGUUGGCGGCAAGCACGCCAUUCGAGCACCAUGAGGUGGUUUGUCGGAGUUUAAGGAGCUUUUUGGGAGCUUUACGAGUCACCGGGACGAAAACCGGACAACCAGGACGCGUUACGGAUCAACCGGGAGUGCAAAAUGAAGAAAUUGGAGAAUUCGAGCUGGAGAGGCCGUCACCGACGGGCUCUAGGCCGUCCAGGACGGGCUCUAGAAACACCCGUCGGCCAAUCUUGCCCGUAACCAGUCAAAAAAGCCGUCGCCAGUUUUUCAGCUUUUGA